CUAUGGAGACAUCUGUGAUGCCACACAUGGCUCCAGGUUCCCCGCGGAAGGAGUUUGGAAGCCGGCCUCCUCCGGCCUGGGGGACACGCUCUGUCCUCCGCUUGUACCUUCCCAAUGUUUCUGAAGCGGAACAGCGGGUCAGAGAGGCACAGUGUGAGCCUGUACCCCCUCACCCAGGGCCUGCGCACCCUGCACAGUGUGGCUGGCAGGGACAUGUGGAGCUCAGAGCAGAGGCUGCGCCAGGCCACCCACGGCCUCGGGAGGUCCGCGCUGGCCAUGUGCCGCUACUAUUCAAAGAUGAAUGUGCCCCAGGCUGUCCCCAGCCUCCAAGGCUUCGUGUUGGAGAUGGAGAAGAUGAAAAGGGCAUUCCUUGCCCGGCCCGGCUGCCCCCAGUUUAGCACCAAGGCCACCUCCGUGUCCCAGCUGGGUUCGGGGUCUUCCAUCGAGCUGCCCAGGUUGGGUGGUGAGGACUGGCUCCUGGACCGGCGGGACUCGGACCCGAGUAUGGAUGUGCGCACCCUCCCGGGCAGCAAGAGCGCCUGCGAGCUCAGUUCGAGGAGGAGGAGCUCGGCCCAGACCCCGAGCCCCACAUCCAGCAGUGCGGUCUCCAGCCACAGGCCGCCCUGGUACAUCUCGGUCAUCCACGAGAAGGAGCGCUCCCUGCUGGUGCUGGGAGAGGAGAUGCGGCGCUUCUCCGAGCUGGAGGCGAAGCUUCAGAGGAAGGAUGAGGAGAUCCUGGCGCUGCAGAGGGAGAUGGAGGCCCUGCGGAAGCAGCUGAAGUGCGUCCUGCGCAGCAAGGCCCUCGAGACCCCGCCCUUCCCGUCCCGGAGGGAGUCACCCUUGGAGGAUGGGCUGGCACCAGGGAGGCUGACCGUCCUGAGGACCCACACGGACCAGGAGGACCUGCAGCUCCCGGAGCAGAAGGAAGUGGAAUACACCCUGCCCAAACUCAGCAGGGAGCUCUCCUUGGAGCUGGGAGGUGGUGAAGAGGACCAGGUCGCUGGUGCAGAGCCAAAGGCGGCCGGGGAUGCCUCAGCGAGGGACAGCGCUGGCAGCACAGGAGCCAUGCAGGAGGAGGCCCAGGAAGAGGAGAAGGAGGAGUUGGAGGAGGAGGGCGAGGAGGAUCUGACCCAGGAAGGGGACAGCUCCUGGGGACGGGGGUUCUCAAUGACUGAGUCCUUUGAGGAUGAGCUCCUGGCACAGCUGGAGGAGUACGAGCGUACGCUGCUGGAGUUCCACAGCGAGCUGGACGCCACGCGGACCGGAUACUGCCUCGCCGUAGGAACCAUCGGGUCCCUGCAACGGCAGGUGGCUUUUCUAGAAUCCCAGCUGGGCAAGGUCAACGUGCAAAAUGAGGCACUGCACAAGGAGCUCGGCGAGCGGAAGCAGCAGCUGCAGGCCAUGUCCGACAAGUUUUCCAGGCUCCGGGAAGAUAAGAAGCACCUGGAGAUGAUGGGGCUGAUUGAGAAGGACAACCUUGACCUCCGCCAGCACGUGUGGGACCUGGAGAGCGAGCUGUCCAAGCGGGACGUCAGCAUCGCAGAGCUGAUCACCAAGGUCAGCGAGCUGCAGGCGCAGGUCAGCCUGGAACAGGAGCGCGCUCGGCGCUGGAAGCAGCUGCAGGAGGAUGUGCGCGGCAGGACUGAGUCCAUCCAGCAGGCGGAGCAGCAGGCGCGCGUGGCCCUGGAGAGCGCCCAGGCCCGGCUAGAGCGACUGAGGAGCAGGAUCAUGCAGGCGGCCUUCAGCGUCACAGGGGUGAAGGCGCUGGCCACAGAGAUCUCUGACAAUGACAUUCUGGAAGCCCUGCAGAGGGUCAUCUCAGAGAGGAAUGACUACUACAACCAGCUGAAGCAGACCGGGGUCAAGGUGCCCCCGCCGCAGGUGGAGAUCCUGCCCAGCAAGUCUAAGAAGAUACUGUCCAAGUAGGCCUAGUGGUGGGACAUGGCCAGCUGCCGGGCGGACUCCCCGAGUCUGACUACAGAAUAAAACCUGGUGUGCCCUCAGCCUCACCUUUUCCUUCCCCUGUACCCAGGCCCGGGUACGCACACUCCAGCGAUGGCGGGAGGCGGGCAACACACCUGCUCGAGGUCCCUGCUUGUUUCUGAGGAGACCUACACUGAUCUGGGUCCCUUCCCAGCACGCAGAGUGCAGGAGGCCAGGGAUGAUGCCCUUGCCAGAGGUCACACCUGACCCGGGGGACCUUCUGCUGUGGGGCACAACCGGCCAGGCCACUUCCUUACUAGUGGGAUCCCUGGAAUGGGCUGUGUAUGGCGGUAUCCUCCCACCUCACCCCAUAGUCCCCACGCGUUAACGUGAGCACGGGCUGCGGGCUGCGGGGGUCCAGGGCCAGGUCCCCGGCUGCAAGGAUGUCUUUGCAGGUUCCCGGGGAAGGGCAGUAGAGUGUGCGAGCCAGCUGAGUCCCGUGGGGCGUCCCUGGAGCUCGAGCCUGGCCCUCUGGGCGGGCGAAGGAAGGGGCACGCUGCGGACCAUCUGGCUACUUAUCCCUCGGCGCUUCAAUUUUGGACGCGUGUCUGCGCUCCAGCCCGGGGCCCAGGCCUGGAAGUUUGCG